GGGUAGGAGCAGCAAGAGGCCAUGGCUGAACAAUGACUGACGUGGAAAGUGUAGGGAGAGAGUAACAAACUUCGGUGGAUAAAAAGUCGUGAGAGCCAAAUCCAUCAGCCCCCUUAAGCUGCUGUGGGCUUUGACUGGGCACAGCACAAUGAGUCUGGAUAAAGCAGAGCUGUGUGACUCACUGCUAACCUGGAUACAGACAUUUCAGGUGCCGUCAUGCAACAGCAAGCAGGACCUGACGGAUGGAGUGGCCAUUGCACUCGUGCUGCACAGAAUAGACCCCUCUUGGUUUAAUGAGACGUGGCUCGGCAGGAUCAAGGAGGAGAGCGGGGACAACUGGCGCCUCAAGGUCAGCAACUUAAAAAAGAUUCUGAAGAGCAUGCUGGACUAUUACCUUGAUCUGCUCAGUCACCAGGUAUCAGAUGAGCAUUUGCCAGACGUGAACCUUAUAGGAGAGAUGGGAGACGUCACUGAACUGGGCAAGCUGGUGCAGCUCGUAUUGGGCUGUGCUGUCAGCUGUGAGAAGAAACAAGAGCAAAUCCAGCAGAUAAUGACACUCGGGGAAUCUGUCCAGCACGUUGUGAUGACAGCCAUUCAGGAGCUAUUAUCAAAGGAGCCUUCAUCAGAACCAGGAAGCCCAGAGACCUAUGGCGACUUCGACUACCAGUCCAGGAAGUAUUAUUUUCUAAGCGAAGAGGCAGACGAGAAGUUGGACCUGAGCCAGCGCUGUCGAGACCUGGAACAUCAGUUGUCGGUGGCUCUGGAGGAGAAGUCGUCCCAACAGGCGGAGACGCGCUCUCUGAGGGAGAAGCUGAGCCGCUGCGACUCUCUGGACGUCUCCACCACCGCCAUCACCGGCAAGAAGCUGCUGCUGCUGCAGAGUCAGAUGGAGCAGCUCCAGGAGGAGAACUACAGACUGGAUAACAGCAGGGAUGACAUGCGUGUGCGGGGAGAGAUUCUGGAGCGCGAGGUGCUCGACCUGCAGCUACGGAAUGAAGAGCUGACCAGCCUGGCGCAGGAGGCCCAGGCCCUCAAAGACGAGAUGGACAUCCUCCGGCACACGUCUGACCGGGUGAACCAGCUCGAGGCGGUGGUGGAGACGUACAAGAGGAAGCUGGAGGAUCUGGGGGACCUGCGCAGGCAGGUGCGCCUCCUGGAGGAGCGCAACACGGUGUACAUGCAACGCACCUGCGAGCUGGAGGAGGAGCUGCGCAGGGCCAACGCUGUCCGCAGUCAGCUGGACACCUACAAGAGACAGGCUCACGAGCUCCACACCAAGCACUCGGUGGAGGCCAUGAAAGCUGAGAAAUGGCAGUUUGAGUAUAAGAACCUUCACGACAAGUAUGACGCACAGCUGAAAGAGAAAGAACGCCUGAUCUCAGAGAGAGACACACUUCGGGAGACAAACGACGAGCUCCGGUGUGCACAAGUCCAACAGAGGUGUCUCAGUGGAUCUGGAGGCUUGUGUGACAGUGGUGUCACAGUUGGAAACCUCGCUGCAGAGAUCAUGCCUACUGAGCUCAAGGAGACGGUGGUGCGUCUACAGAGCGAAAACAAGAUGUUGUGCGUCCAGGAGGAGGCCUACAGGCAGAGACUAGUGGAGGUGCAGGCUGAGCUGGAGGAGGCUCAGCGCAGCAAGAACGCCCUGGAAACUCAGAACAGGUUAAACCAGCAGCAGAUCUCAGAGCUGCGUUCUCAGAUCGAGGAGCUCCAGAAGGCGCUCCACGACCAGGACAGCAAGACUGAGGACGCCAUCUCCUCCUUGCUGAAGAAAAAGCUUGAGGAGCAUUUGGAGAAGCUCCAUGAAGCUCACUCGGACCUCCAGAAGAAAAGAGAGGUCAUCGAUAACCUGGAGCCCAAAGUGGACGGCAACAUGGCAAAGAAGAUAGACGAGCUCCAGGAGAGCCUGCGGAGGAAGGACGAGGACAUGAAGCAGAUGGAGGAGCGAUACAAGCGCUAUGUGGAGAAGGCGAGAACGGUGAUCAAAACCCUGGAUCCCAAGCAGCAGCCGGCAACUCCGGGCGUCCAGGCGCUGAAGAACCAGCUGACGGAGAGGGAGAGGAAAAUCAAGCACCUGGAGCAUGACUAUGAGAAGAACAGAGCCAGGCAUGACCAGGAGGAGAAACUCAUCAUUACUGCAUGGUACAACAUGGGGAUGGCGUAUCAUCAGCAAGUGUCUGGCGAGCGGCUCGGUCCCUCUAACCAGGCCAUGUCCUUCCUCGCCCAGCAGAGGCAGUCCACCAACGCCAGGAAAGGCCUGACACGACCCCAUCCCAGAUAAGACGUCCGGGCAGGAGAGCAACACUUGCUUGAAAGGAAGCACGGAGAGAGAACGAGGUGAUCCCCGGUAGACUUCUCCUGAACUCCGUCUCUUUGCCUUACUGCCUUUUUUUUUUUUAAACUGGAUCGCUGCACCUCAGAGAGUAUUCUUCACGCUGCUGCUGCCCCCUGCUGGCUCUUAAUGGUACGAGAAUGUUAUUUUUUUCUCCGGAGCCCUGGAGGAGAGAGAUGCUCUGCUGUUGAUUAGAUUCAGAGUCACCUCUCAAAAACGGAAAUGAAUGAAUGGAGGGAGUUGUGGGGCCUGAAAAUAGGCUGUCUCACCUUUUAAGGUGACUUUUAUUUCCUCUGUAGCCUCUUGGGCUGUUUCUUUAAGGUCUGUUUUAACUCUCUUUUUUUGUCUUUUAUGUUAUUCAAUUGGAUGGAAAUGCGGUAGACGAGAGAAUUAGGGGUUUUACAAAUAGUAUUUUAAGUGCUAAAGAAGACAUAAAGCCACACAUAGAAUGUUGUAGACUGAAAGCAGAUGAUCACAUUCAGCCGUUAGUACGUCUUCUUGGUUUUGUUCAUUUCUUUUGGAUUUUCGUAUAUCUUUGUUGUCUUGACCAUGUGUUUUGAGGUGAGUUUGACUUUUUUUUUGUUUUAAUUUGACGGACCUCGAAGAGAUGUGAAGACCAUGAGUGUGUGUUAUUGGCUUUAGUCUUUGUGUCCACUUGAAUCAUUUUCAUAAUUAGAAUUAUUUACACCAAAGCACUUUCCUAGAAGGGUGGGUUUGUUUAGUGCCUCGCAGAAAACUGAAACUACUUCCUCUAUUGGCACAAAUAUAUUUGACCUAAACACCACAUCACACUGCAGGCUCAUUUUCAUAUGGCUGGUGGUACUGCGAGUCCUGCAUAUGACUUUUCUUAACAAUGUUCUCUAAUUAUGAAUUUGAUAAUUACUUCAAGAUUUUUAUUUAUUUUUUUUUUCUUCUUUCCAAAGUGUGAAACGGGGUAUUGGUUGUGGGUAGGACCUAAUUGCACUCAACACUUUCGACUCCGUACUGAAUAUGGCCAAUGGAAGGCCUCCUACUUUAUCACAAAGACUGGAAUACACGAUGAGUCCGUAACAAUUAUAAUUAUAAUGACUCAGCUAAUGUUGUUUACCACUGCUGGACCUCGUUUACAGUUUCACUGAACUGGAAAGAAAUACUUUAUCAAUAAGCUGGAAUUCUUUUAUUUUUUUUUCUUUGUUGUCUGUUGACAGGAAGUCUGAGGUUUGAAGUCUGUAUCAACACUACAUCUGACUUUGUUCACUACUGGUUAAUUUAGUCAUUUGAUUCCGUCCCAUAUCAGAGCUACUGUUUUGUGACUUGUGCUUCAUCCCUGUGAAUGUUUGUGCUAUGGACUACACAGACCAGAGUCCUGCUGUUGUGUUCAAACAUUUUCUACUGAUGUUUCAUUGUUAGAGUUGAUAUUUAUGGUGUUGCGUCACUGUUUUUGCUGCACAUUUGCAUGGCUUGAAGGGGUUAACUUUUAGGCAGUGUUUGUUUGUAUCAUAUAAUGGUCUAGUAGAUCAUAGCAUGGUGUACUUCUCACAGGGAUCUGAGGUAAGUUCAAGAUCUGUAGUACUGUCUGUUCUACUUUUGCACUACAAAUAAAUGGGAUCUUAAGAUAAGAAA